GUUGGAUUUCUUACUCUGCUAGAGUCCCUAAACUUCUGUAAAGUUGGUCUGCACUUGAAAUGCCCGACAUGGCCGAUAUGGGUUGUUGGCAGUGAAUCUCAUUACACAGUCUUAUUUGCUCUCGAUACAAAAGUUCAGGAGGAGAAUGAACUUGAAGGCAAAGAAACAAAGAUCCGUAGAGCUUUUGAUGCACAAGAUCAGAGUGGAGGUGGUGGGUUCAUUAGUGUGGAAGGGUUUCAUCAAGUCCUUAGGGAAACUAAUGUCAAUCUUCCAGCUGACAAGCUUCAAAGCCUCUGCAGCAGUGGAUACAUUGUAUGGAGUGAAUUCUGGCAGGUCUUGUUGGACUUGGACAAGAGUUUGGGAGGGAUGAAAGAUCCUAGUGGAUUAAUGGGGAAAAAGGUCUUUGAUCUUUACCACUUCAAUGGGAUUGCAAAAUCAGUUAUGAAUGGGAACCAGGUUUCAUCCGGAAGUGAUAUUCCGGUACAAAGGCCUAGACUCACCAAGUUGAGGGUUUCAGUUCCUCCAAGAUGGACACCAGAGGAGUUCAUGUCUUCAGGUCCAGGUACAAGUGAUCCUGCCGGCAAGGAUUCUGUCGGUGAAGUUUCAAAGCCAGAACCUUCUCAACAUGCUCCUUUAGUUGACUGCAUUCGGACACGUUGGUCACGAGCCACAUGUACUUGGGAAGGUGAUCCACCAAGCAUAGUUUGAUUGGUUAGUUGAUAUAUUCUGAAACAGCCACCUUGUUUUCUGGGGAUUAUGACGUAGAGCAGGAGUCGGUCAAGUGUGACGCUAGAUUUAAAUCUGAACAAGGUGAAAGCCCUAUGGGCAGGAAGAUUUUGUCAUCGCAGUUCUCCAUUGUGAACAUAACGCAAUACCAUUGUCAACUGUGUGAUAUUGUAACUUUAAAAUUUUACUUUGAUUUGGAGUAGUCCAGUUCUGAGGGUAAGAGAGGCAGUACUAUUCAUUUCGCAUUAAUUUUAUUCACCUUAUGCUGUUGAUUAGUUUUUUUUCUCCCUUUUUCUUUGAAAGGGAGGGAGAUAAAUAAGCAUCAGACUGGUCAUUAAUUAUUGCUGUAACUUUAGAAAGCCUCUCAUCUUUGCGGUUGAUUAGGGAAUAUCUUAUUCAGAGAA